UCCUUCGUCACUAUCCACUAUAAAACCCCUUUUCCCCUUUCCCACAACCUUGAGAUUCUUCUCCCACUUCUUUCUUCCUAUCAUUCAAGAAUUAUCGUCACUGUCGUUCAUCAAAAAUGGCCGGCGAGAAGAAGGAAGUUAAGAUCUUCGACAGCGACGACGAUCUAGUUGAGGGCAUCGCCAAGCACACGACGGAUCUCUCCCGCAAGUUCUCUAUUCAAAGGGGCGCCUUCACCGUCGUUCUCUCCGGUGGUUACCUCAUCGAAAAGCUCAGGAAGUUGGUGGAGCCGCCGUAUGUCGGUGAAGUCGAUUGGGCUAAGUGGCAUAUCUUCUGGGUCGAUGAGAGGGUUGUGAAGAAGGACGAUCCCGAAAGCAACUAUAUGCUCGCCAAAAACGGUUUCCUUUCCAAGGUUCCUAUUCCAGAAGACCAAAUUUAUGCUAUUAAUGAUUCUCUAGACGCUGAGCACGCAGCUGAAGACUAUGAGUCCAGGCUGAAGGAGUUAGUGGAGCGAGGGGUGGUGGAGAUUUCUCCUCAGACUAAAUUUCCAAGGUUUGAUCUUAUGCUUCUGGGAAUGGGGCAUGAUGGUCACCUUGCUUCUCUUUUUCCUCAUCACCCGCUCCUCAGUGAGAAGAAUAGAUGGGUUACAUUUAUCAAGAAUUCUCCAAAGCCUCCACCUGUUCGAAUAACCUUCACUUUUCCUGUAAUUGAUGCUUCGGCUUACAUUUUCAUGGUGGUUGCUGGAUCUGCUGAAGUUGAUGCAGUGAAGAAAGCUUUAGACAACAAUUCAUCAAAUGAUUUGCUGCCUGUGCAAAUGGUUAAGCUUGAGAACGGGGAGUUCAUUUGGUUUCUUGAUAAAUUGGCAGCUUUGAAGCUUUAAUUAUCUAGGAGAUGCUUUUAAUAAUCAGGGAUUCUGGCAUUAACUGUCAAGUGUUCUUACUCUUGAAUAAGGUCCUGCUGCCCCCAAUGAUGAAUGUUACCUUCUAUAUCCAACGUUAAUGUACUGAAUGACUGUUUGUAUUAAAUAAAUUGUGGCACAUUUGCUUUGUGAGAGGGGUGAUUAAGAUUUCAUU